AUGCCGACAGCCAAGCGACUCAAGAAGGGCGGAAAGGGCGGCAGCGAGUCCAAGUCGUUGAAGAAAACGGAAACCGCCCGACCCACAGCUGCUGAGAUUGAGGGGCAAAGCGAGUUCGCACAGCUUGCAAAGCAGCAUUGGCUGAAGACGACCACCAAACGGACUGCUAAAGUUAAGGUCAAGAACGAUGUUUUGAAGCGCGAGAUAUGGAACGCUUUGGAGAAGGAGGGCUUCCAAUACAAGUCGCUGUUGGUGCUUGAAGGGCUCCAGAUCUUGGAGAGCUAUCUGUGGCCUGGCUACUCAGAAGAUUCAUCCAACCUCCACGUAUUACUGGUGGCCCUCAUCACCAACAUCAAGGCCCGCGAACGCCUGGAGACAUGGUCUAUAUUUGAGGACCGCCCUGCCGACUUCUCAGCCUUGUUCCGUCGCAUACUGUCCAUGACGCUGGACCUGACUCUAUCGUUACCGAUACGCACCCAUCUCCUCUCCUUCAUGAUCUACGCCUUCCAGAGUCUGGACUGCGGAAUCGUCAGGAAAGAAUGCGCCCCGCUCGUCUCCAUUUCUAUUUGGCACAACUUAUCAACCGAGUUGAAACGCGACACCAAGCUCGAGAGCACGCCACACCUACGGAAAACAUGGAGAGCCGCGUCAAAGCGAUACGACUCGGCAGACGAAGACACUAAGGCUCGCUUACGGUUCGACAGAGCAUGGCUUUACACGCUGACGCUCGAGUUCCUUGGCAUGAUCUAUGAGCCCCAGAGGAAUUCCGAACACACCAUCUACGUCGAGCGCUUUGUCGAGUUUAUCACUGAUUUGCAGAGCCAACUACCCACGCGGCGAUAUGUCAACACAUUACUUCAAGACCUGCAUCUGGUGACGGCAAUCUCCAUGUCUCCCAUGUUUAUUGAUGAGGAUAAUGGUUUGCUAAGGAAACAGUGGAAGCUGUUAUGCCAUUAUACCUACUUCAAUAUCAACGACCAGACGGGUGCCCAGCUCAGCCGGAACGAGGCAUAUGACCACCACUGUCAAGCACUGGCAAAAUUACAGCGUGUGGCAUUGCGUCAUUUCAAAGAAAAGCUGACAGUUCUGGCCUUGUCCAACUAUGGGUCAAUCGACAAGAGAAAUGAGCUUAUGAGCCUUCUUGAACCACUGACUGAAGAUGAGCUCGUACAGUUGGCUCGCCACUUGGAGUUGCGGACUGAAUUUCCAGCGUUGUCCAAGGUAGUAUCUAUUGACCGCAACUUCUUGAUGGAGAUGCUUGUCAACACAUUUGAACGGCGACCCACCUUUCAGGAGAAUCUGCCUAGUAUUGCCCCGACAGAACUAGAAUUGUUCGACCAGGACCUAGUAAGGACAGACGGCUACGAUGGUUCUCAUCCGUUGGCCAUUCCGAAGCUCAAUCUCCAAUACCUCUCUGUAGGUGAUUUCCUUUGGAGAGCGUUGACGCUCUAUCGGUCUGAAACAUUCUACGGGAUCAGAAAAGAUAUCGAGGAUGCCGUGAAACGUUUACGCCCUGACACGAGGAAGUCUGGCGAUACUGGCUUCGCAGGAUUCUCCAGAAUGGCGUUGCCCAUUUCGAGACCUUCCAUCUUGGAGGUUGUGCCACCACUAGUUGGCGAAGACAAACCAUCGGCCGUCCGAGCUGAAAUAACACUCGAUUUUCGUCGCUUGGCAGACACCAUUCGCCGUGACUGGGACUCACUGCGACCGGACGAUGUGGUGUUUUUGGUCGCGGUCGACGCAGCUGCGCCGCCACCCCUCGCAGACGGAACAGCUCCCAUAUCCGAAGCACAGAAGUUGGGUGUUGUCUCAGUGCGGGCUGCUGAGAUUAUUCAAAUUAUGGACGAUAAGGGUCGUUCAAUCAGGGAUCCAGGAGAGUACUUGAAUGGAGGUGGUCGUUCUUCCACACGCAGAGUGCAACUGAGACUGGAUGCGGAGACCUAUAAGCGGGACACUGACCGGGUAUUAAAGGGUAGCCCAGACCCCUAUGAGCAAAUCAACUUGGUCGUUCGAAGAAGUGGCAAGGAAAACAACUUCAAGCCGGUGUUGGAGUCGAUUCGCAGCUUAACACUCUCUGAGGUGCCGCUGGCAUCAUGGCUACAUGAGGUGUUUCUAGGUUAUGGAGAUCCAGCUGGCGCUACGUAUAAGAAUCUGCCCAACAGAGCGGGCAAAGUAGACUUCAGAGACACAUUUCUGGACUGGCAACACCUGGUCGAGAGCAUGCCAGGAAAGACCAUCGAACCGGGUGAUGAUGUUUCCAGCAGCUUUGGACCGCCUUAUGUGCUUGAAUUAGGGGUCAAGGCAGCAGAAGAACCCAAGACGAAACUUUCUAAGAAAAGAAGGAGAGAUGCAGAACCUGCACUACUUGCUGAAGUAGAGACCUAUAAGGUGUCUACAUACAAACCACCAAACACUGGGCCAUAUCCUAUGGACGCGCCGAAACUGAACAUGGUACGAUUUACUCCGGCUCAGAUCGAUGCGAUCGUAUCUGGCACCCAGCCUGGGUUGACAGUUAUUGUCGGGCCUCCCGGCACUGGGAAAACUGAUGUGGCCACCCAAAUUAUCAACAACAUCUACCAUAAUUUUCCUGAGCAGCGCACACUUCUCAUUGCACACUCCAACCAGGCGUUGAAUCAGCUGUUUGCGAAGAUUGUGGCUCUGGACAUCGACGAACGCCAUCUACUUCGUCUUGGCCACGGCGAGGAAGAGCUGGAUACGGAAGGUAACUUCAGCAAACUUGGUCGGGUGGAGUCGUUCCUCAAAAACCGUGAUCGAUACCUGCAGGAGGUGAACCGUUUGGCCACAAGCGUUGGUGCCCCUGGUGCUCAUGGCAAUUCUGCUGAGACUGCGGGAUACUUCAACUCAGUCUACAUUCAACCCGCAUGGGCUAAGUUCAAGGAGAUAUCUCAGUCAGAAGAUGUUUCCACGACAGAUAUUGUCCAAGCGUUCCCCUUUCACUAUUACUUCUCUGAUGCACCUCAGCCACUUUUCCCAGUUGAGGCAGACCGCGCUGCUGUUUUGGACAUCGCCAAUGGUUGCUAUUUCCACAUUUCCAAGAUUUUUUCCGAACUCGACGAUGUCCUGCCGUUCGAGAUUCUGCGGCGGGAUCGAGACAAGGCCAAUUAUCUGCUGACCAACGAGGCUCGGAUUAUUGCCAUGACAUCCACCCAUGCCGCCAUGCGCCGAAGCGAGAUCGCAAAACUUGGUUUCCACUACGACAAUGUAAUAAUGGAGGAAGCUGCGCAGAUUACCGAAGUCGAAAACUUCAUACCGCUAGCCAUGCAGAAGCCCAAAGGCGGGCAGAUGGCAUUGCAGAGAGUGGUCCUGGUCGGUGAUCAUUACCAGAAUUCCCCAGUCAUCCAGAACCUCGCUUUCAGGCACUACGCGAACCUAGAGCAAUCCCUCUUCUCCCGCCUAGUCCGCCUGGGGAGCCCAGUGAUCCACCUCGAUCAGCAAGGUCGUGCCCGUCCCUCCAUCGCUACGCUCUACCAAUGGCGGUAUCCGAAUUUGGGUAACUUGCCACACGUAGAGGCACUUAAGGAGUUCCAAACGGCCAACGCCGGCUUCAAAUACGAUUACCAGUUCAUUGAUGUGCCUGAUUACAAGGGCCACGGUGAGGUGGAGCCAACUCCCCAUUUUAUCCAGAACCUAGGUGAAGCCGAGUACGCGGUAGCCAUCUACCAGUACAUGCGUUUACUGGGCUACCCAGCAGCCAAGAUCAGCAUACUCGCUAUGUAUGCAGGUCAACGCGCGCUCAUCAGGGACGUCCUCAACCACCGAUGCGCCAAGAACCCCAUCUUCGGUUUGCCUAAGAUUGUCACAACAGUCGACAAAUACCAAGGCGAACAGAACGACUACAUCAUCCUCUCUCUAACGCGUACAUCGCGGGUUGGCUACCUCCGGGACAUCCGCCGGUUGACCGUGGCGUUGUCCCGCGCUCGCCUUGGCCUGUAUAUUCUUGGACGCCGCUCCGUGUUUGAGGCGUGCUACGAACUCAAGCCGGCAUUCGAACUACUGCUUCAGCGGCCGGACAAGUUGGCUCUAGCUACUGGUGAGCUGUGGCCUUCGGAGCGACUGCAGACAGAGGAGCAAGGCAGCACCGUGGCCGGCGAGGCCGUCAUGGAAGGUGUAGAGCACUUGGGACAGUAUGUCUUUGAGAUGACGAAUGCCAAGGUCAAGCAAUUGAGAGCUGAGCGGGGUCUGCCUGAGACAGAAGUGGUAGAAGUGCUCGAACCCGUCAAUGAGGACGAUGCAGAUGUUUACGAGGAGAAUGGCGAGGAAGAGGAUGGCGAGGCGGAUGCGGAGGUACCCGAGGACACAAAAGUCGAGAGCUUAGAGGCUGGAGAUGCAUAA